AUGGCCUUUGUCUAUGGUAGACUUGGUCUGGCUGAAAGAGUGCCAUUCGGUGACCGCAUGCUGGGCAACGUGAGCCAUCGUGGAACGUACUUCGUCAACGAUGUCACUCGCAACCUGGAGAAGAAAGUGAAGGACGGUGAAACAACCAAAAACACCGUGGCUCCAGUUCCUGUGGCCAAUAAAGUGGUCAAUGACAAGACACGUGACCAGAAGACAUUGGAUACCGCGAACGCGCUAAGGCCAAGCGCGACUGUAAAUCCUACGGUACCUGCGACUAUGGUUGCAAAGGCGGCAUCACCCCGAGUCUCACUGUCCAGCAAGUUUCGCACGGAGCAGCAGCAGCGUGCCCAGACGAAGGUUUACGCUAGUAUAUGUUCGCUGAAUAUCGUCGUUUUCACAUUCUGCUUUCAUUAUUUAUAUCCCCAGUGACU